UCAAACCUCCAAAGAGUCAUAAUACUCAGGUGACUCAAAGCUCGAUCCCUUGAACCGGACGUCGGCGUCGCUAAUAUUCGACACGUGUCGCUUCUCGCUGCCCCUCUCUCUCUCUCUCUUCUGUGUUUCUGGGGCUGGUUCGGACCACCUCGAGAGCGAGUCCGAUCAAGGUGGCCAAAAAUCUCGGAACCACAAUCCCACCCAUCCACCGCGAUAGUUUGGACCGAGCCAUCCGCAGCGUCCCAUAUUCCUUCCACACCACGUGUGCGUCAGCCCCUAAUCAAUUAUUCUCUCUCUCUCUCUCUGUGAGUGUCUCUGAAUGCUCUGGGGAUUGUGUGAAUGAGCAGGUGUUAUUAGGGUUUGAUUGAGUGGGUCGUGUUAGGGAUCAUUGAUCUGUUAAGUUCAUCAUGAGCGACGGUGGUGGCGGCAAUAAUUUGGUGUCUGUUCAACCUGAUGAACUCAAGUUCCAAUUUGAGCUGGAAAAGCAAAGCUACUGUGAUCUUAAAGUUGUGAACAAAACGGAACAUCAUGUUGCUUUUAAGGUUAAAACCACUUCACCUAAAAAGUACUUUGUGCGGCCCAACACUGGCGUUAUUCAGCCUUGGGACUCGUGUUUCAUAAGAGUCACUCUCCAAGCCCAGCAAGAAUAUCCUCCAGAUAUGCAGUGUAAAGAUAAAUUUCUCUUGCAGAGUACAAUAGUGCCUCCGCAUACUGAUGUUGAUGAACUUCCGCAAGAUACUUUUAACAAGGACAGUGGAAGGGCAAUAGAAGAAUGCAAGCUUAAAGUUCUGUAUAUCUCUCCUGCCUCUGCCCAUGCAAACUCAGAAAAUCAAGCAUUAGCGGGAUCUACUCAAAGUCCUGAUACUAACUCUAACCAGGCUGUGCAGCGCCUGAAGGAUGAAAGAGAUGCAGCUGUUCAACAAACACAGCAACUGCAACAAGAACUGGACAUGCUGAAGAGACGAAGACCACAAAAAACUGAUCAUGGCUUCUCACUCACUUUUGCAAUCAUUGUGGCACUUAUUGGCAUCGUGGCUGGCUUCCUGUUGAACUUUUCAUUGUCUUCACUAUCGGCAGAAUGAUUGGAUACUUUCCAGGAUUCGGAAGAUCUUAUUUUUCUUGUCUGUUUCACUGUAUAAUUUUAACGCUUAGUUGGAUGUUGCAUAUUUUCUUCUCUGCUUUUGUAUAUUGGUCAUGGUAAAUCCGUUGUGGUCAGCUGGUUCAGGUUCACAAAUUAUGUUAUUUUUCAUUAGCAGGUUAAUCCCAAUGUAAUAGUGAAAAUUUGGGAAGUUCUUGACUCCAGGCCUAGAGUGGGAGAGGGAUAGUCAUAGACAAAUGACUAGAGUAUCGAGUAUUUAAUGUUGCAUGAGAAAUUCACUUGGACAGCUAUAAAUGAUACAGCGUCUUCUAUCUCUUUUCCACUCUAGGCUGAUCAAGAACUCUAGGAGAUUCAAAUCCGAAAAUUUGUUUAUUUCCAUAUGUUAAUAACGUUACCAUUUUUUGUUCUA